AUGACCGAUGCUCAACAAGACCACGCUAUGGAGAUUGAGGAGGCAGCGGCCGCGAUUAUGACAAAGAAGCGCUUCGAGGUGAAAAAGUGGAGCGCUGUUGCUUUGUGGGCUUGGGACAUUCAAGUCGACAAUUGCGCUAUUUGUCGCAAUCACAUUAUGGAUCUCUGCAUCGAGUGUCAGGCUAAUCAGGCAUCCGGCACCAAAGAAGAAUGCACAGUCGCUUGGGGUAACUGCAAUCACGCGUUUCACUUUCACUGCAUUUCUCGUUGGCUCAAGACUCGUCAGGUGUGCCCACUAGACAACCGCGAGUGGGAAUUCCAGAAGUAUGGACAUUAA